ACAGUAACAGUGAAAUAAAAAUAUUGAUUUCUCUAAACCAGAUUAUAACUGAUCUAAGAAUUUCAUUUUUUUAAUCUUUCAUGAAUUUAUUUGUUAUUAGUAGUUAAAAAUAAUAAUUAAACUUGGGGAGGUAGUAGCCACAACAUAUACACAAAUGUAUUUUUUUAACGCAAAUUAAUAUGCUUUUUGGGUAAUUUUGAUAUAUGUAUGAAGAGAUGUGUACAACCAUUAUUGUAACUCAAAAUAACAAAUUAACUCUAGUUAAACUUCUAAGAAAUGAAAGUGCUAUUAAAAACAAUAAACACCCCAGGUAAACUUUCAUUCAGGUAAAAAUUUUAUGAAAUAUCUCUCUUAUCUCUUUGAUUUUCAAAUAAUCAUAAUAUUCAUUUUUUGUAGUAAUUGUUAUCCUUUUUUACCAUUCUGUAAUAUAAAGUAUUGUCAACCAAUAAAAUUUUUAAAAAUGAGAUGCAUUAGAACACAACUUAUAUUAAAUUUUAUAGAUGCAUGUAUAAAGAUAUUGAUUUGAAACAUUACUCUUGUAAACAAGGUUUCAUAAGCCUCAGAUUAGCUAGGUUGUUUUAAUCCAGUUAGAGGUCCGCCUUAUUAAAUUAACUAUCACAAAAACUGGCAACUAAAAUCUAGAGAAUUUUGUCCCUUGAAUGACUAUUUACAUUAAAUAAGGAUAUAAGGAGGUCAGCAAUGAUUGAAAUGGAAUUAAUUAAGAUCAUAUAUAUCAGUGAUUGUGUUCAACACUAACACUGUGCGCUUUGAAAGGAAAGUUUGAAUCUUUUGUGAGCACCUAUUAAUGUUGGUUUGUAUAACAAGUAAGAAAAACAGCACAAACGAAAAGUUGCCUAAUUCAAAUUCAUACAGAAGUUUCAUUGAUAAGAAUAACUUGGAGUUGAAAAUGACACUAGAUCAAAGAAAGGAAGAAGAAACCUUGGAUACAAUCUUAAGAGAUGGACAGAUUAUGCCAAAAGAAAAACUGGAAAGAUCCAAAUUGGAAAUACUUGACAGUCUAAGCGGAAAGGCUUCUAAGUUCCUUGAAAAAAAUAAAAGCAUCGCCAAACAAUUUGGCAAUAGACAGUCUGAAAUAAAAAUAUACACAAUAGAUAAGGAAAUGGCUAAGUUUAACAAUACACAAAUAAGUGAAGAUACUUCAAAUAAGUUUGAAAUCUCUGGCCCACUGCAGAAUAUCAGGAAUCAAAGCAUGAGAUUGAAGUCUGUCGGUUGUCAGGCAAGUCCAUAUCCACCUUACCGUUUAUUUUUUCUUCCAGCUGAUGAUUGGAAGGACUCAGAUUGUUGUAUGGCAAGAUUUUUUAGGUUUCUGCUGUGUGAAAGCACUCUUGCUUGUUUUCUCCUUGUAUGGCUCAUCUUAGGAGCAUUAACGUUUUAUUUGACUGAAAGUCCAUAUGAAUAUAUUAAGAUGAACGAAUUUAAGAUGAAAGAGAAUACCAUAAUCAUGUCAUUGGCAACAGACCUGAGGAAUAUAAGUGAUCAAGAUAAAGCUGGAGCUUUAAAAGGAAUAAUACAAAAGUAUAUUCGUAAACACAAAGAGUUAAUAGAUGAGAGUGUGAUAAAUAGCUAUGGAAACAAUGGAAUUUAUUGGACUUUUGCAGGCAGCAUUACUUUUUCUAUUUCACUUCUGGCUACUCUAGGACUUGCAACACCUCUGCCUCUCACAACUCUGGGUAAUAUUGAAGCAUUUAUCUUCACUUUGAUUGGUGUACCAAUACACUUACUGCUCUUGACACAUUUAGGAAGAACAAUUGCUCUCAAGAUACAAUUUUUUUCAAAAGAGAUUGAAAAUAAAUUUUCUCUUCUAAGAAGACGAAUUGCCAAUUUAAGAAGAUUUGGAGAUAACAUUAAACGAGAAAAAGAAUUAUGGCCAGAUAAAAUGUUUGAAGUAGAUUUUGUGCCAUCAACCUGGCUUAAAUUUUUCCCAAUAGUUUCUACACUUUUUUACUAUAUUGGCGGAGCAUUCUUAUUUGGCCUAGCAAGAGAAUUAAACUUUGCAAAGAUCUUCUUCUUUCCACUUGAUUUUGCACGUUGGGACCCUUCAACAAGUGGAAUAUCACGAGUUGGGUAUGCUUGGUAUUUAGAAGGGUUGGCAAUUCUCACUUCAAUUAAUAUCACCCUAUGGAGAGAUUCUCCAUUUUCAGGUCUUACACCUGUUGGCAUAAAGUAUAAUUUCAUGACAAACUCCCUUGAGUGAUAUCUUUACCCUGAAUCAUAAAUAUUGUAAAAGUAAUAAACAAAUAAGCAAGACUGUGUAUUAUGAUAUGUUACUUAUCCUAUAUGUUU